AUGCGUGUUGAGGAACUCAUCAUCGAUGGGUUUAAACUGUACGCCACCCGUACAGUUAUCUCAGGGUGGGAUGCUCAGUUUAAUGCCAUCACAGGUCUCAAUGGUCUGGGGAAGCUGAACAUCUUAGACGCUAUAUGCUUCGUCCUUGGGAUCCUGCUGAUGACAACAGUGCGGGCGCUGAAUCUUCAGGACUUGAUUUAUAAGCGGGGACAGGCUGGGGUGACAAAAGCAUCGGUCACCAUCGUGUUCAACAAUGAGGAUAAGCAAAAACUGCCAAUUGGCUUUGAACAGUACAACACAAUCUCGGUAACGCGUCAGAUCCUCCUUGGUGGCCAGUCGAAGUAUAUGAUCAAUGGGCACAAAGCGUUGCAACAAACUGUUCUAAGCUUAUUCCAGCUGAUUCAGCUCAACAUCAAUAAUCCAAACUUUUUGAUCAUGCAAGGAAAGAUCACGAAAGUGCUCAAUCUGAAACCGAAAGAGAUCCUUCUGCUUGUUGAAGAAGCAGCAGGGACUCGUACGUUCGAAGACCGGAAGGAUAAGGCCCAGAAAACUUUAGAGAGGAAGGAGGGGAAGAUAGCUGAGAUUCAACUGUUGUUGGCUGAGGAGAUUGAGCCUAAGCUUGAAAAGUUGAAGGGUGACAAAAGACUCUACAUGGAGUAUCAACAGACUCAAAUCGAUUUGGAGAGAUUGAGUCGAAUUGUGGUUGCUUAUGACUACGAACAUUUGCGUAGUGAUUAUGUUGAUGUGUCUCUGGCUAAAGCUGAGCUUGAAUCCAAGAUUGUCGCUUUAGAGGAGAUUAAUGUGCGCGUUGGUGAUGAAAUAACAAGCCUUUCUAAUGACCUUGAAGCAGCCCGCGAAUCACGGAAGUCCGAAGCCGACACUGACGGCAAGAUUGCUCACUUGGAAGAGUGUGAAACUGAGCUCAAUAAUAUUGUCACCCGUCAAACUACCGCCAGAGAUUUGGCAGCGGAUCUGUUACGAGAGGAAAUGAUAACUCGUGAUCGCCUUCGUGAGCAAGUCAACAACGCUGAGCUGGGAUCAGACAUUACGCUGGCAAGAUACACUGAACUCGAGAAAACGUAUGCUGAAGCAACCGCCACAGUCACAGAGCUAAAGCUGGCGUAUGCUCGUAAGGAAGACUUAGUUCUGACUUUACUGACAGGGGUUUCGGCCCUGGGGCAGGUCCAAGGUGGGUAUGAGCGGCAGUUAGCGGACGCAAAGGAUCAAUUGAAUCGUGACCAAAUUUUUAUCAAGCAGCUGACUGUCAAAAUUGAAUCUUUGAAGCGACAAAUGACUCAAAACCUGGCUCAGAUCGAACAAGCCCGAGCUGAACACGCGGCAUUAGUUGCGCAACAAUCUCAGUACGAAAGCGUCAUCAAUAACCUCGAAAGUCAGCUUCAACAAAAGCUUGGGUUUGAUCCUGAAAGGUUUGUUUCACUAAAGCAAAACCAUCACGAGUUAACACUACAGCAAAAUCGUUUGGAAUCGCAAAUGAAUCAAAUGCGUCCUGACGUUGGCAACAUCGAUUUUCAGUACAAUCGCCCACACGCAAAUUUCAACGACCAUCAAGUUCGAGGAAUUGUCGCACAGCUAUUUGAUCUCCCAGAAAAUCAGUUUGAUAAAGCUCUUGCUUUACAAGUUUGUGCUGGUGCACGACUCUACAAUGUGGUUGUUGAUACAGCCAAUGUGGCGAGCGACUUGUUAAAUCGUGGUGGACUUCGACGCCGUGUCACCAUGUUACCCUUGGACAAGAUUAUUUCUCGAACAAUUGAUUCGAGCGUUGUUGAGUAUGCCAAAGCAAAAGCUCCUGGUAAAGUCGAAUUGGCACUCAACUUGAUUCAAUAUAAGGGAGAGUAUCGGAAAGCUAUGGAGUAUGUUUUUGGCACUACCUUUAUUUGUGCAGAUCCUGCCACCGCUAAGGCUAUCACCUUUGAUCCUAAAAUUCGUGCACGUUCAAUCACGUUGGAGGGCGAUGUAUAUGAUCCUGAGGGUAAUCUUUCUGGUGGGUCACGUCGUACAAACUCCCUGAUAUUAAUUAAGCUUCAACGAUACAAUCUAGUUGCUCGCGAGCACAGAGAGUUUCAACUUCAAAGUCGGAAGCUAGAGAGUGAGUUGGGUUUAAUGGAGCAAAAGAUGGCAUCGACAAAAGGUCUCGCGAAUGAAAUUAAAACAAAAAGGUACGAGCUUGAGCUUUUACAAAAGAAACAAGCAACUCACUCUUCACUGCAUCUUUUGUCACAACAGGAGCAACACCAAAAUCAGAUAUCCGAGCUUGAGCGCGAGAUUGGGGAACGUACAAUUGCAAUUACGAAACUGGAAGCCAAUAUUGAGGAAAUUGAACGUGAUAUGCAAGAAUUCGAUUCCGAUAAAGGCUCAAAGAUCAAGCAAUUGCAGAGAGAGCUUACAGAGUUGGCCACCGAACUUCAAAAUAAGCAAUCUCAAUUGGAUGAAAUCCUGGAUGAAUUUCAACUGAUGCAAGUUGAUCGCGAACAACGCGGUAACGAGGUAGCAAAUUUGGUGAACCAAAUCGAGCAAUGUAAUGCAACUAUUGCCGAGCUUGAGGCUAAACAAGUCACCAUCGCUCAGGAAGUUACCGAUGCUGAAGCAGCCCUCUCCAGAGUCCGCCAACAACUCGAAGAAGAGAAGGCAGUUCUUUUAGGUCUUGAUGAAGAGAUCAAUGAGCUCCAACGGGUUCUUAAGGACAAGCAAGCUCAACACUCUGAAGCGCUUCUUCAAAGUCAACAACUUGGGCACGAAUUGGAGAAGAUUGAGGCAAGAGCGAAGACCUCGCAAGUUCGGUUGGAGGAGAUAAUAAACCAGCACAUGUGGAUUAACGAAGAAGGAGCAGUUGAAGCGGUCUUGGCGCAAAAUCCUAAUGUCGACCUCGCUGAACUGCGUGAGCUGCUAAAAGUUCUUGAGGAGAGAUUUGAAUCCAUGCGACGCAAGGUCAAUCCCAAUAUUAUGUCUAUGAUUGAAAACGUGGAGAAGAAGGAGCAGAGCUUGAAGCAAAUGGUGAAAACAAUCACUAAAGACAAAGCAAAGAUUAUCAAAACUGUGGAGAAGCUUAACGGGUUUAAGCGUGACACAUUGAAUCAAACCUAUCAAAAGGUCAGUACAGACUUUGGCGAGAUUUUUAGUGAAGUAUUGCCUGGCGCAUUCGCGAAAUUGGUUCCAGUUGACAUGAUGGACGUUACGAAGGGUCUCGAAGUUAAAGUUCGGCUUGGCGACAAAUGGAAGGAUUCUUUGGUGGAGCUUUCUGGUGGCCAGCGUUCACUUAUUGCUCUUUCAUUGAUUAUGGCGUUGUUACAAUUCAAGCCCGCGCCUAUGUACAUUUUGGACGAGGUCGAUGCUGCUCUCGACUUAUCACAUACUCAACUGAUCGGUAUGUUGAUCAAAAAUCGGUUUCGGACAGCCCAGUUUAUUGUUGUAUCAUUGAAAGAGGGCAUGUUUAAUAACGCCAAUACUGUGUUUCGGGCUAGAUUCCAAGAAGGUACGUCUAAAGUUAUCAAGAUGUGA